AUGGAAGCUUAUAAUAAAUUUGAUUUUGAUGGAAAUCAAGACUUUUAGCAUUAUCUUUCAAACAUUUUUCCUACUCCUAUUAACUAAGAAAAAUAUAAACGUAAUUGGUAUAAAAAAUACAUUGACUCAAAUUUUGAUGUUAAUGAUAAAUAACAAUCUCAAAAUUAAGAAUAAACUAAUAAUUAGCAACAAUAAUAAUAAUAGUAAUAAUAACAAUAAUAGUAACAAUAACAAUAAUAAUAAUAAUAAAAGCAAUAAUAAUAAUAAUAACAAUAAUAAUAAUUUUAAAGAUAAUAGCCUAAAUUACCAUUUUAAUUAGUGAUUGAAGGAGUGCUAAAAGUAUUAUAUUUUCCAGCAUUAUUGUUCUUAUAAAAACCUGAACUACAUAAAUAUGUAAAUUUAGGUAGUGUUUUUAUAUGUUUGAUGGCUCUUUACAGAAUUAAAGGAUUUCCUAAAAAAGGAUAAUAUUAAGAAUACUUUGCAAAAAGUCUCAGAAUUGAAUUUACAACUAACAUCUUAUAUAUGAUAUCAUUAUUUGCAAUAGAUAAUUUUGUCUUUUAAAUGCCUAUUGCAUUACACUUUUUAGUUGGAGCAGCUGAAUUAUGGACUUCUUUGGGCUAAGAUGAAGGAUUUACAUUAAGAUUUGCCUAAAAAAUAGUAAAGAAUAGAGAAGAGAUAUUAAUCACAAAAUAAAAGAUUGAAAUAUACUUAUUUAUCUAUUCAUUGAUAGGCAUUUUUAUUAGAAAGACAUCAUUAUUUUUAAGUGUAUUUAUACUUUAAAAUAUUUUAUUGAAAACUAAAUGCAAUGAAAAAAUGAUGAAAGCUCAAUCUAAUAUUAAGGAUUGGUAUAAAAAAAAUUUAAUUGAUAAUAAAAUGAUUCCUUAAUCUUUUAGGAAAGUCUUAGAAUUAAUUUGGAAUGGAUAUGAAAAAUUAAUGACAAUUUUUUGA